AUUUCAUUCUAGUUCACAAGUUCCUCUGUGGUUCACUAGUGCUUCUUACUUGUCGUUCCAUAUCUGCUAUUGGCAACAAACGUCAUAACAAAAAUGUAUUUGUUUUCUUAAAUAGAACUUCAUUUAUAAUCAAAGAUUUAACAGAUUCAAACACUUUAGAUUUAGGAUAAGAUAAUAUAUAAAUAUCAGGAUGACGUCUGUGUUUGAUCAGUUCGAGCAAGAUUCCAUGAGAACCAAAAACAAUAAUUUAAAUCCUGCUGAAAUGACUUCUUUGGGGUUCAUCAAUAUGACACUAGAACAGGAUACACCAAUUUUCACCAAAAGCAAAAAAGAUUUUAAACCAUCCGAUAAAAUUACCCAUGCUGCAAUAGCUAACAAACAUCUAGUUUUAGCACUUGCAAAUGGUACGCUUUUCAGAAUGAACUUGCAAAAUCAACAGCACUCUGAAAUAUCACUAACAAAGUAUACAAUGUCUUGUAAGCUUACAAAUCUUUUCCUGGAUCCUACUGGCAACCAUCUACUGAUAAGUCUUUCUCCAAGAAAUCAAGAAGGUGGUCCAGAGUUGCUUUAUCUAUCUAAAAAGUCUGAUAAGUUGAGAACAACUACCAAGUUCAGAGGCAGUGAAUUCACAGAAGUAGGGUGGAAUAAUAUAAAUGAAUCUGAAAGCACUACAGGCCCAAUAUUGUUAGGUACAACAAAGGGUUUGAUAUUCGAGACAGAAAUUGUGUUGGAAGGUGAUAAGUUUUUCACUUCAAGUUUUUCUUCUAGUCUAGAACAGUAUUGGAGACAACUGCCAAAUUAUUUACCUUUAUAUGGAAAUAAGGAAGCUGAUGGCUUGGUUUUUGAUAUAGGAAAAGGUACAAAUACUCCCAUAACAGGUUUGGCAUACUAUAAAAUACUAGGAACUGAUAGAUACACUAUUUUUGCUGCCACUCCUUCACGUUUGUAUUUGUUCACUGGUAAAGCAAACUUCGAGGAAAAGCCUGUACUUCAACAGAUUUUUAACAAAUAUUUGAAUAUUCCUGAACCAGAAACAUAUAUCCAAUGUGAGAGUAAUUUAAAAUAUUCAAGAUUGCAGUUUUGGUCUGAAAAUCUGAUAACACCAAACUCAUUUGCUUGGAUCACACAACAAGGAAUAACUUUUGGACAAGUUGAUUUGUCACUGGAUGACAUAAAUUCCAUAAAAUCUAAAUUGAAAACUAUAGGAUACCCCAAACAUCCAUAUGAAGAUGAAAAGUCUGUAUGUCAAAAAUAUCCUCUAUCAAUUGCUUUGACACAAUUCCAUAUUUUGUUAGCGUAUUCAGAUAGUGUAAAAGGUAUAUGCCUCUUAAAUCCAGAAGUUGUUUAUGACGAUAAUUACAAUGAAGCAUUUGGUAAUGGACGAUUGAUCAACAUUGUCAAAGAUGCAAGAACAGGUGAAAUUUGGGCGAUAACAGAAUACUCCAUAUUCCGUUUCAAAGUUACUCGCGAAGAACGAAACGUAUGGCAGAUAUUCUGCAAUAACGGACAAUUCGAACUAGCGAAGAAGUAUGCUAGGAGCAACGAAGUCUUCUACAAUCAUGUACUAAUUAAAGAGGCUGAAAUGCUGUUCAACAACAAAGAGUACGAAAUGAGUGCUCAGCGGUAUGCUGAGACGCAGUGCAGCUUUGAAGAGACAUGCCUUAAGUUUAUUCAAGCUAACCAACCUGAUGCACUAAAGGUAUUCUUGAGGAGCAAACUUGAUACCUUAAAACCGCAAGACAAAACUCAGAUCACAAUGAUAGUAAUUUGGGUAGUUGAGUUGUACCUAACAAAAUUGGAAGAAAUGAAAUUACAAGGGCUAGAACAAACUGCGGCUUACCUGGAGAUCCAACGAGAGUUCGAAACGUUCAUCGCCCUUGAAGAAGUGUCAGACUGUAUAAAAAAUAACAGAAGCACUAUUUACCAAUUGAUGUCUAGUCAUGGGGAUAAAAGUAACUUAAUUAAACUUACGAUUAUCAACAAAGAUUUUGAACAACUGAUUCGUCAACACAUCUUCAAAAACAAUUUCCAUGAAGCUCUGGAAGUCCUAAAGAGCCAAAAUAACUAUGAGUUGUAUUAUCAGUUUGCGCCGAUUUUGAUUCAAGAAGUUCCGAAAUACGCUGUCAAGAUCAUAAUAGAUCAGGGCAGGAAACUUUCACCGCUCAAACUUCUGCCAGCAUUGGCCACUUGCAAUGGUGAGAUGCAUUCUCUAGAGGUGAUUAGGUAUCUAGAGUUCUGCAUAGACACAAUGAAAAAUACUGAUAAGGCUAUACACAACUUUUUGUUGUCCCUCUAUGCCCAAUAUGACAGCUUCAAGUUGAUGGAUUAUCUGAAGUCGCAAGGACAAGAAAUUAGUAUGGUGAACUAUGACGUGCAUUUUGCACUGAGAUUAUGUCAUGAGAAGCAAUUAACUGAGGCCUGCGUGCAACUCUCUGGUCUACUUGGAUUAUGGGAAUCUGGUGUAGAUCUGGCGAUAACUGUGGAUCUGGAGCUAGCUAAGAAAAUGGCGAAUAUGUCGCCAGAAAGUGAUCUUGAAUUAAGAAAGAAGUUAUGGUUGAAAAUAGCGCAACACGUUGUGAGUAAGAAAAACGAUAUAAAACAGGCAAUGGAGUUUUUGAAGCAAUGUGAUUUGAUUAAAAUAGAGGAUAUUUUACCAUUUUUCCCUGACUUUGUCACCAUUGAUCAUUUCAAGGAAGCUAUUUGUAAUUCACUCAAGGAAUACAACCAGAAUAUACAGAAUUUAAAAGAAGAAAUGGAAGAAGCCACAAAGUCUGCAGAACAAGUCCGGGAACAAAUUCAGUCGUUCAGAAAUCAUUACACAAUAAUACAAAGCACGGAUAUUUGUGAAAUUUGUGAUGUAACCUUGGUGAUCAAGCCAUUCUAUAUAUUUCCCUGUCAUCAUAAAUUUCACAGUGAUUGUCUCCUGAACGAGCUGUCGCCAACUUUAGGUAUGUUUUUUGUUGUAUUGAGACCAGCAAAAAGAAAUAGGUUAUCAGAGUUGGAGAGACAAUUGAAAGUAGUGAGUAACCAAACAAACACUGACAGUAUUAGCACAGCUUCUACAGGAAUGUCAAUGAAAGACUCAUUGAAGUCUGAAAUUGACAAUAUUUUAGCAUCUGAAUGUCUGUAUUGCGGUGAGAAUAUGAUCAGAAAUAUAGACAAGCCUUUCAUAGAGGAUCACGAGUAUGAAUUUAUUAUGAAACAGUGGGAAUAAAACUACAAAGUAUUUAUAUGCUC